AUGAGGGUCUGUAGGUUGCAGGUUCACCAGUGGUGUUUUGUCUUGUGUAACGUCAUGCUGUUUCAUGCAUUAUUGUUUGGCUCCGACUUCAUUGAGGAGUUUCUCUUGCCCACGUCUCCCGCCGCCUACACUGACCGCUCCGUCCUCGAGUUACGUGAACGUGCCCGCAAACUCGACCUGAGCCAACCCAGCGCCAACGCCUCACGCCGCCUCUACCCGGUCAGCGCGGCCGCCUGCCUCCCUCACCAAAACCUUCUCCUCAUCCUCACCCUGGUCUUCAGCUCCCCCGGGAAUGCCAGCCAGAGAGAGGCGAUCCGAAAGUCAUGGGCAAAUCAAACGACAGUUAGGACAGGUGUGGCUGUACGCACUCUCUUUUUUGUAGUUGCGUCCGCCCAGUCAGUAGAGGAGAAGGAGAUGCUUGAAGAGGCAUAUCUUCAUGGAGACAUGGUGGUGCUGGGGGAAGGAGGUGUAGCAAGGGGAGGGGCUGUGUCUGAACGCAUGCAUUGGGAGCAGAUGAAGCUGGCUUUACGGUGGGUGUUGCUCUAUUGCUCACAGGCAUGGUUUGUUGUUGUCGUGGAGACGGAUUCGGCGUUUUUGAAUGUCCCUGCUCUCGCCUCCUAUCUGCUGGGAACAGGAACACGACCCGAUGAUGACCUUUACCUGGGUAGGGUCAUUCACAAGGCCUCUCCCGAGCGUGACCCCAAAAGGCCGAACUACCUGCCACCCCACCUAUACCCCGACAGGCUCCUCCCAGAUUACUGUUCUGGCCCCACCUACCUGAUGUCGCAGGAUGUUGUUCGCAAGGUUUAUGUAGCUUCAGAGGAUGUGACUUUGCCCCUCCCAUCAAGUGUGCUGAUUGGCUUGUGUGCUAGACGGGCGGGGGUGGUGGCCACGCCCAGUAUCAGGUUCUCAGGUGAGCAACAUCUGCGCUAUAGUGCCUGCUGUUACAACUUCCUGUUCAGCAUAGCCGGAAUAGAACCAGAGAAGAUGGACAUGGUAUGGAGAGAUUUGGGUUCAGGGCAUGGGCGGAGAUGUGGUGUGUUGGAGACCUAUUACAGUCUAGUGGCAUGUAAAACCAUGACAUAUCUAGACAAGCUCAACUUCCUCAAUAUCAACAACAGUGGCACACAGGAAUAA